UAUUUGGGAGGGGAAGACGAAGAGAAGACAGAGGACAAGGAGAAAAACAAAGGGGAAGCUUAUAGAUUUAUCUAAAGAGAUCUACAGUGGCUUUGGGUUUCAGGCUCAUUGAAGUGUGAAUUUAGAGACUGCAGAGUGAUUGUAGAUAGUAGAGUGCCUCAGCCACCAAGGAGAACUACAGGACAUACUUUGGAUGUCUUUUGCAGUUUUAAAGCCGACGAUGGAUUCCUUUAACACUGUGAUCCGCUUCCUGACCAACCAGAAGACCACCAUUGGAUAUGGAGUCAUGGCCAUUGCCACCAUUGGUGGUGAAAGGCUUUUUUCAUUGUUUUCUUUCCAGUGUCCCUGCAACACUGAGCAGAAUUUCACCUACGGUCUGAUGUAUCUGCUCGGGCCUGCCUUGGUGCUGCUGACGGUGGGCUUGUUUCUCAGCACGGCUCUGUGGCGCCUUUACACAGGCUGCUGUUUGAACCCCAUGAAGCUUUGCCCCAGGGGAAACUGUAUAGGAUGUAUUUCCAUCUUUAUGAGGGCUGUGGUGGGUGCUCUAGUACCUCCAAUCAUGUGGCUGAGUGUAGCUCUGCUAAAUGGAACCUUUUAUGAGUGUGCGGUCAGUGGGCUGGAGGAUCAGGUGAUUGUUGACCUUUUCUGUAAGAACAGAACCAGCACAUGUAAAGCGGAGUUGGCCAAAGUGCCAUGCAAAACAUCCAAUUUACCUGUUGCUGAGACAAACACCCUGCUGCUGAUGCUCAGAGCGCAGUCUCAGAUCCUGGGCUGGGUCCUCAUUAUGUCAUCAGCUUUGGCCGGGCUGAUCGGGACGUGCUAUAAAAACUGCCGCUCUCAGGUGAGUUACCUGCAGCUCACUUUCUGGAAGAUCUACAUGCAGAAGGAGAGGGAGAAGUUUGAUUCAUUCGCAGAAGACUAUGCCACCAAGCUGGCUGAACGGAACCUUAAGAGUUUCUUUGACAAUACGGAGCCGGAAGCGUUUUCCUUCCCCAAUCACACGGCCUGGGAGCAAGUCUCUGCUGUAUACACGUACAAACACAGCGAUCAGUGCUACAGCACCCUGCAGAAAUACGUGGAGCAGCCUAAUCGAGAUUACAGCCCGGAGAAAAUGCCUCUGCAGAUGGAACACAGCCUGGAGUAGAGACAGUAGGAAUAGAUGUGGACAGACUAGUUUAAAAGACGCAUAUCCUACUUUUUUCUUAGGGGGAUAAAGCACUCAAAUGUGUAAUGCCAUAUGGUUCAUUCUGAAACUAAACCUAAAUCCGUACUUAGUAUAUCAAGAAUUAAAAUAGAAAGAAAAUAUCUUUAAAACUUUAGGUUGAAUAUGAUCUGCUGAAAAAUCAAAUUUACAUACUUUUCUCCUUCACCCCAAAUAUAGCUGAGCAAUAAAGAUGUGUUUAGUGUCUGAAGUUUGCUUCUUUAGACUACAUUUGGGAUAAGGGGAAAUUUGUGUAAAUAUGAAAUAAAAUGUUUUUGCCAAAAUGUAGCUUUAAGAAAUGUUAAUUCUGCCAUUGCAAGAAUGCAUUAUGUCCUUUACCUGUCUUAUUGUAUUGGCCGCCUUAAAAAGUUACUAACAUUCGCAGUAUAAUCUCAGGUAUCCAAAAUUUACAAGGUUUUGUAACAUUUCUACCCCAUAAGAUGCAAUAAGAAUAUAUAAGACAUUGACAGUAUAUUACAUUACAGGCACUUUCUCAUUUACCCUCUUUGAUACAAUUAAAAUGAUUAGUAUGGAUUGUUUCUGUGGUGAACACCACAAUGUGCACUAAACAAAUGGACCAUGGACCAAAAAAAUCACAUGUUUCGGUUCAUUUCCAAAUGAACUAGCUAGCUUAUCUGGGGGGAUUUUUCAGCCAUUCUAAUAUACUUUGUAUCCAUAUGCUAACAACAUAACAACAUAACAGCUUGCUGUCCAUUGGACAGUGUUAAUGAGAGCAAUACCACCCCUGCACCAUGGCAAAGCAUUAGGUUUAUCAUGAUUGUCUCCAGAUGCUCUUAUUAUGAGACUGACAGAUGAAUGUAUUUUUGAAAGUUGGGGCCAGGCAUCAGCAACAUGAUUGGUUAAAUUCAAAAUUCUAAGGCAAUCACUCCUCCCUUAGUUGUUGCUGCUACAUCUGUCAAAUUCUCAGCUCAGGCUGCCGGGUAGCAUCUGUAACACUAGUGCUUACAGACCAGAAGUUUUAGUUCAAAGGAAAAUUAAGAAGCACAAAAAGAAUACGUUCAAAAAGUAAUUAGAAAAUAAAAAGUUAAUUCUGCAAAACAUUCUGAAAUGUUUACAUUAGUUAAACCAGGGAAUUUUUUUCGCUGCUCAAUAUUAAAGCGGCAGGUUUUCAUAUUGAAAAAGGAGGCAGUUUUAGCGGCAGUGUCAACCCCUUCCGAUGAUUUCAAAAUGCAACACAAAACACAAGUUACACAGAAGUUACGAAGCUAUCUUACUUGUGUGGUGUCUGGGGCUCCAUAUGAUAUCCGGCUUAUGAGUUUGGAAUUUUCAAGUUAAGGGGGCCCAGGGCCAAAGGUCAAGGUCCCACAGGAGAUGGGCCCCUCGCUCUGUCUCUCUCUCUCUCUCUUUCUCUCUCUCUCUCUUUCUCUCUCUCUCUCUCUCUCUCUCUCAGUACCAGACAGAUAUGAUAAUUUAAGUUCCAUAUGUUGUGCCUUAGUUACCAUGAAAAAAAAAACUGGCCUAUAUAAGCCGGGUAAGUCAGGGCUGUUAUCAGAGGGAAUUCAUAUUGGCUGUGAACCCUCUCUCAGACAGUCCAUGGUCCCUGAUUUUGAUGCUGAUCUUCUUUGUAAUAAACCUUUUUAUACACAAGCAAGACGCUGACAGCGGAGAUUCCUUCAUCAUCUUCAUAUCAUUGCUAUCUGAUAAACAACACUAGCAGGAUACUUUGCUAGAAAAACUAGUAUAUCUCAGCAUAGCUGCUCACCGGAAAAACAAGCAUCAUAAACCAACUCAUGAUAAACCAACAAUGAUAAACCAACUCAUUAUGAACCAACCAUGAUAAACCAACUCAGAUCAGCAUGGAAUGUUUGCUUGGUCUAAUUUUUUUCAGCAGUCUUAGCAAAUAACCUUGGAGCUCUGAAUUUUUUUUCUCAAUUUGCCUUCCCUUUCAUUAAAUUCAAUCAAACAUUUUUCCUCCAAACGUUCACUUUCAACAUGUAUGUAUAAUGUUAGGUGCUGAAAAGGAACUACCAUGAAACAAUAAUGAAACAACAUAAACAAUAGCAUGUGUAUUAUAACAAGUGCAUUCAUAUUUAUUAUAUUAAUAAUAAAUUAACAUGAGCUAACUGAUCUCAACACUCACCUACCAUUCUCACUGCCGUUGUGAAGAGUUCUGUCAGAGCUUUUCUUUUCCUUGACGGAGGAAGGAAUAUUGUGAUUGAGUGAGAGGUGUAUCAAUCAUAAUAUUGCAACUGGUCAGUUUGCUCUUAACUGUACAGCCGUGCAGACAAAAGUGCAUGAAAAGACUUUACACUCCAGUAUUCUGUUGCCUCUGUAGCAUAUAUCUCAUUACCACAGUUACCAACAGCUACAAGAUGAGUCAACACUUUUCUGUGAUGAAUCACUUUGGCAUGCCUUCUUACCAUGUGACAGUUAAAUGAUCUAUGAAUGUUCAUUUUGCCUGCUACAUUGCAGGAUUUCUAAGAAAAAUAGGAUUGUUUUAUCAGCAUUUAGAUGUUUUUGUUCUAUGAAAGGACAAGCCAGUGAAAAAGCUGUCUAUAUGAUGUUUUUGUACAAUCUGUCAUUAACCAUGAGUCACUGACCAACCACUAAUAAACAAUCCAUGUGAAAAAA